AUGGCAUCUACGUUACAAGACCCCUCGAAUGCCCUAGUUCGAGUGCGCUUAACAACGAGGGACGCAGACCUAACCCUCAACGAUACUGCCCCGAUCUUAGUUCCUACUUCCUUCCGUCGAUAUCCUCUAUCCUCUUUGGUGAACGGGUUACUUGAAAAGGAGAAGCCUAUACCGCUAGAAUUCAUUGUCAAUGGUACAUAUCUGCGAACGACCCUUGAUGAGUACCUCAGCACGAGUGGCCUCUCCACCGAGACGACGUUAGCUGUAGAAUAUGUCCGAGCUCGAAUUCCUCCUCAGUAUAUUGCCUCUUACGAACAUGAAGAUUGGGUCAGUGACGUGGACGCCGUGUCAUUGAAUUCAUCUCCAAGGAUCUUAUCUGCGAGCUACGAUGGACACCUGAGAGUUUGGAAUACUUCGGCGCAAGUAUUGGCUACAUCCCCCGGCACUCGCUUUGGGGGCCACAACUCCCUCAUAAAAUCGGCCAAAUUUGUGUCGCCAGCUCAGAUUGUGUCAGGAGGGUUUGAUAGAACAGUGCGGCUAUGGAAAUAUUCUGAAGAGGCAGAAGGAUUUUCCGCUAGCUUGAUACCUUCACUUGAGCUUUAUGGGCACAAGUCAUCUGUGGAUUUUGUGAACGCUCAUGAGGGAUCGGGUCGUAUUUUGUCUGCGUCCUCCGAUCACUCGGUUGGUUUUUGGUCGACGCGCAAAUCGGACGCACCAGCAGCGCCUGAGGAGCUUGUUCCUCGGAGCAGAGGCAAAGACGGCAAAAGGAGGAAGCUGAAUCCGGAUGUGUCGCUCCCACAGCGAGGGCCAGUGGCUAUGAUGCAACAACAUACAGGUCCAGUGUCGGCGGCCAUCUUUGAUGUCAAUGAUGCGACAGUCGGCUAUUCCAGUUCUUGGGAUCAGACAGUGCGGACAUGGGAUCUGGUGACUGCGUCUUUGGUGGAUACGAGAACAACAUCCGGUGCACUGUUUUGUGUUGAGCACAUGCCCAAUCUCCACCUUCUGGCAGCUGGCUCGGUCAGUCGUGUCAUCAAAUUGGUGGAUCCACGAGCUUCGGCCACCACCGUUGCGGCCAUGACAUUAAAAGGCCACAAGAAUUCAGUGGUCAGCCUGGCACGCGAUCCGAGCAAUGAAUACACACUCGUCAGCGGCAGCCACGACGGCACGUGCAGAGUAUGGGAUGUCCGCAGUACCCAACAAGAAAAAGAGGGAUUGGUUGGUCAAAGUCUGUACACACUGCCAAGAGCCAGUCUGAAGGGCGGACCAAGCCCUGGGGCAGGUGACGGGGUAAAGGUCUUUGGAGUCUGCUGGCACAGCGACGUGGGCAUUCUUUCCGGCGGUGAGGACAAGGUCGUCCAGGUCAAUCGCGGCGAGAAAACUUGA